UCUAGAACAUUCUACCUGCAGACUUAUUUGUAUCAUACUCAACUUUGGUUCUUAAUUAUCCUUUCCUGGCCUCUUUUCUUUUCUUGGAUUCUUGUCGUAGUUUUGUAGUCUCUCCGUGCUGUACCAAAAUAUGUGCCUUGUUGAGGUUUUCGGGAAAUGCUUUGGUCUAAAAGAGGAUGAAAGAUAUAAUCAAAAUGGUCAUCAGAACAAGAUAAUCAAAGUUAAAGGGACUGUUGUUUUAAUGAAGAAAAAUAUGAUGGAUAUGACUGAUUUCUUUGCUUCUCUACUUGAUCAUGCUCAUGAGUUAUGUGGUAAAGGUGUUUGCUUGCAACUUGUCAGUUCUGUUAAUGCUGACCCAGAAAAUGAAAUGCGAGGAAAGGUUACCAAGGAAGCGUAUUUGGAAGAAUGGGUGAAAAAGAGUACCUCUUUGACUGCUGGAUUGUCAGAAUUUCAUGUCACAUUUGAAUGGGAUGAAUCCAUUGGAAUCCCGGGUGCAUUCUUAAUCAAGAAUUACCAUCACAGUGAAUUUUUACUCAAAACCUAAACUUUAGAAGAUGUUCUUGGAGUAGGUGUUGUUCAUUUUGUUUGUAAUUCUUGGGUUUACCCAUCUAAACGUUACAAGUAUACCCGGGUUUUCUUCUCUAACCAGGUGAACUCAUAUUUAUACUUAGAAUUUGUAUACACUUGAAAAUUUUCUUCGUUUGUAAUUAUGUUUGAAGGGAAAGUUGAGUUGAAGCUUGUUGUUUUUUAUGUCAUACAUGUACUGAUUGAUGCAGAGUUACCUGACAAGUAACACACCUGAGACUUUACGUAAAUAUAGAGAAGACGAGCUCAAAAUUCUUCGAGGAGAUGGAAUGGGAGAACUUCAGGCAUGGGAUCGAGUUUAUGACUACGUACUGUAUAAUGAUUUGGGAACCAACCGUCCUAUUCUUGGAAAUUCAACCGAGUUUCCUUACCCCCGAAGAGGAAGGACAGGGCGAAAACUCAUUAAAAAGGAUCCAAGCUAUGAAAGUCAAAUGUUCGUGCUCAACUUAAACAUUUAUGUUCCUAGAGAUGAAAAGUUUAGUCAACUCAAGUUUUCAGAUUUUCUAGCCAACUCAAUGAAAGGACUGGGUCAGAUUGUUCACCCAGAACUAAGAGCAAUUUUUGAUAAGACCCCAAAUGAAUUUGAUUGCUUCGAGGAUGUGCAUUAUCUUUAUGAAGGAUACCAGGGUCGAGCCAAUCAACCUGUAAAUUCCCAUUCAUUGAGUUCAUGUUGUUGUUUUAGCUUGGAGUUUGUUAAAGAAAUCUUUCGUUCUGAUGGUGCACAUCCCCUUAAAUUCCCCAAGCCUGGAGUCAUACAAGCUGAUGAGGUUUCUUGGAGGAGUGACGAAGAAUUCGGACGAGAAAUGCUUGCAGGAGUUAACCCAGUCGCUAUAUGCCUUCUCCAAAAUUUUCCCCCAACUAGUACACUUGAUCCUACAUUGUACGGAAACCACACGAGUUCCAUAACCAAAGAACAUAUUGAGAAAAACUUGAAUGGGCUAACAGUAGACGAGGUACUAGAGAAGAGGAAGUUGUUCAUAUUGGACCAUCAUGAUCACCUGAUUUCGUACUUAAGUCGGAUAAAUAUAACCGGGACAAAAACCUAUGCGACUAGGACAAUCCUCUUGUUACAAGAAGAUGGGACCUUAAAGCCUUUGGCGAUUGAGCUGAGUUUACCGCAUCCAGAUGGAGAGAUUUAUGGUGUUGAAAAUCAAGUCUACACACCAGCUCAAGAAGGUGUUCAGGGUUCAAUUUGGCAGCUAGCCAAAGCUUAUGCGGUUGUCAAUGACUCUGGUGUUCAUCAACUUAUCAGCCACUGGUUGUAUACCCAUGCUGUGAUUGAGCCAUUCAUAAUUGCUACUAAUAGACAACUGAGUGUUCUUCAUCCAAUCUAUAAACUUUUGCAACCUCAUUAUCGAGAUACAAUGAAUAUUAAUGCUUUGGCACGUCAGAUUCUAAUAUGUGUAGAUGGUUUUAUUGAGAGAUGUGUUUUCACAGGAAAGUUUUCCAUGGAAUUGUCUGCUAAGAUCUAUAAAGGAUGGAAUUUUAUAGAACAAGCACUCCCCGAAAGUCUCCUUAAAAGAGGAGUUGCAGUUCCAGACCCAAGCAAACCACAUGGUCUACGUAUAUUGAUUGAGGAUUAUCCAUUUGCAGUAGACGGGCUUGAGAUCUGGUCAGCAAUUCAUAGUUGGGUCCUUGAUUACUGUUCGUUUUACUAUCCUAGAGAUGACUUAAUCCAAGAUGAUACCGAGCUCCAAUCAUGGUGGGAGGAUAUUAUAACUCAAGGCCAUGGUGAUCUAAAAGAUAAACCAUGGUGGCCAAAAAUGCAAACUCUAUCUGAGCUAACUCAAUCAUGCACCACAAUUAUAUGGAUAUCUUCAGCACUCCAUGCAGCAGUGAACUUCGGACAAUAUCCAUACGCAGGUUACCUUCCAAAUCGUCCAACCACGAGUAGACGAUUCAUGCCUAAAAUAGGAACACAUGAAUAUGAGGAACUUCCGAAAAAUCCAGAUUUAGUGUUUUUACAAACCAUCAACAGUCAACUUAACACUCUACUUGUUAUAUCUCUCAUUGAAAAUUUGUCCAAACAUUCCACAGAUGAAGUGUUUCUUGGACAAAGAGAAUACCCUGAGCUUUGGACUAAAGAUGCAACACCACUUGAAGCAUUUAAAAGAUUUGGUGAGAAAUUGGUGAAUAUUGAGAAUAGAAUUGUGGAAAUGAACAAUGAAGAGCAAUGGAAGAAUAGAACGGGACCUGUAAAAAUCCCAUACACUCUUUUGUGUCCAUAUCCUUUAUCUUAUGAUCCUCUUGGACUUACAGGCAGGGGAAUACCCAACAGUGUUUCCAUAUAAGGGAAAAAAAAUCCUUAGUU